GAGGGAGUAGGAGUAGUCCUGCGCGCCCGAGUGAGUGUCCGUCAAUAGGAGAGAGGCACACUUCUUUUCAGGGUAUCACAAAGAAAAAAAAAAUGUAUUUUGACUUUAAUAUUCCGUACUUGCCCGAAGUUGAUGACAAGAAUACCGAUCGCUUGCGAUUGAUUCUCGCUCGCUUCAGUCAAAUUGCCGAAAGUGUCGUUGCGUUAAAUCAUGUCAUUGACCAUCCAAAUAAGGCUCGAGCGAUUCCGUCGAUUCCGUUUGAAAUUGUUCAGCAUUCCGUAGUGCAACUCACGCGCGUUACUGUGGAAACCAACGUUACACCUACUCAAGAAGAGAUUGACAGGCUGCGAUCUAAAUACCAACUGGUUGCUUUACGAACAAGCAACGAGGCAACGUUUGAAGCGGCAUGUCGAACCGCUCACAUCGAUAUCAUCUCCAUGGACUGUAGUAAAAGAUUACCCUUCCGACUCGAUCGGGGCGCUGUUCAACAUGCAAUUGAGCGCGGUCUUUUGUUUGAACUAUGCUACGGCGCUGGAACGCGAGACAAUACUCAGCGGGCUUAUGUACUACAGUUGAGCAAGGAGCUCAUUGCUUGUACCAAUGGGGACAAUCUCAUCGUAUCCAGCGAGGCAAAUUCUGUCGCCGACAUCCGUGCGCCCUUUGAUGUCUUGUACCUCAUGAAAGCAUUUGGACUGCCCAAUGACAAGGCCAAGUCGACGACCGAAAGGAAUGGCGAACGGCUCAUCCGAAAAUUACGGUUGUGAUCGACCCUGACGCACUAAAACUCUAAAAAAAAAUACAAAACGUAUAAUACCAUCCCGGAUCCCUCUCCUACUCCUACGCUUCCAUCUCGCAUCUCGGAUCGAUUGCCUUUUAAGUAAAGGAACCGUUUUCGAGUUGGGGGGUGCAAAGAGAGCCAAGGUUAUUUUAGUCCAGGGAUCGUCGCAUUCUGCUCCUUCCACUCCCCUUGCCCUUCCCUUCUUUGAGCACCACAUCCCUGGUCUUAGUAGAGAAGGGAGUCUGUCUAAUAAAUUUAAUAGCGAAAUGUCUAGGACCCUAUGUUACUGAAUUAGACUCUUUCCUAAUUCUGCAUUGCAACUCUUUUCCCCUCUCCUCCUCCUCCUUGAAUUCUUUCUCUUGGAUCGAUAAGGAUUGCUAAUGAGUUACAGUUGUAAAGUAAAGAACUUGUUUAAAAGUGCC